AUGGCAAAUGCGGUCACUUCGACUGGUGACCCUCUUUUCUUCCUCCAUCACGCUUGGCUGGAUCGAGCCUGGUGGAAAUGGCAGCUGCAAGACAAAAAGAAUCGCUUGUAUCAAAUGGGAGGAUCUAACAUGGAAAGAGACGUGCUAGUUUCAGCACUUGGCCUGUCGCAGCCCAACAUCUACACAACCAAUUAUAAUGGUGACGAUGGAGGCAACCAAACAACAUUGAACGAUGUGCUUUAUACGCACGAUCUCCGAGCCAACGUGACUGUCGGAGAUGUAAUGGAUCUUAACGGACCGACAAUUUGUGCGGAAUAUGUCGAUGACGGUGUUUUCAACUACACCCGUGGUUGGUGA